AUGAUCCGGAUGUGGAAGAGAUCUUUGCGCAUGAAAGUUUUGAUGGGGGUUAGUUUUGAAGUUUUUUGAAAGUAAUGCUUUUGAAUCUCGGAAAUGAAGAAAAAAUUGGUGAAAUCAAAGUUUCAAAGCUAUUUUUUUGCAUCCUAGGGUAGUUCAAAGUGAAGUGCGUGAGUUUUUUCAAAUUUUUUUUUAUUCAUUUUCUUUGAUUUUUUUUUUUGAUUUGUAUAGGUUUGUUGUUACAUAACUUCAUAUUUUGAGUAGUUUGAUGGUUCGAAUUGUUCUAUUUACUUUUUCCAGUUUAUUUCUAUAGUUUUUCUUUUUCAAGUGAGUUUUAAGAAAGUUUUAAUAAAUUUACGAAAAUUGAUUAUUUCGCAAAAUUUCCUUUCAGUUUAAAAAAGUUUUUUGUAACUUUUAGAUGGUUCAUUUUCAUAUUUUUUUCCCUAGGCUAAUUCUCAACAACUUCUUGAAGUUUUUAUAAAAUAUAUGUUUUUUUGAAGAAAAAAAUUCCUGACCUGUCCGGUUUGUCUACGACGAGUGGUGAAGAGUUUUUUUAUCGCAACACCUUUCAAGAUCUCAUCGAUUUACCCCUGAGGAAGUUGCCGAAUAUUUUGAGCGCAACAAUUUGAAUAUACCUGGUGAGUAGUGGCUGAGAAAAAAAUCUAUUUUUUUCGAUUUUCAAAUUUUUUUAAAAUCUUUUUUUGAAACCGAAAUUUUUUUGAAACGGGAGACUCACAGUAUUCUCAUUUUGAUCUUCGAGGAAGAUUCUGGCCGAUUUUUCAUGAAAUUUAAAAAUUAAAAAGUUGGAAAAACCUUCCCACUGUAGUAAAAAGCUUUCAAUUGAUGAAUUACUACCCUUCAUCAUGAUUAUAGACACACCCCCAUUUUUGUCGUUUUCAAAAAUUCUGUAGAACUUUUUGUGAUGAAAUUCCUUUUAUGAUGAGUUUAAUUGAAUUGGAAAGGAAAUUACGGAAACUUUAAUACUAAAAAUUUUCAAAAUCCGUCAAAAAAAGUCGACCGGGGCAAUAUUUUUAGACGCGCUCUGGGUCAUCUCUCAUUUUUCAUUUGUGUUAAAGCUUUUCCGUUUCUUUCCAAUUGUCUAGUAUCUUUUAAGGCACAAGUUUAAAAAAAAAUGAAGGAUAAAAAAACUCGUGCCAAGAACCGCGUACGCACACGCUACGCGUCCCUUUCAACUCGUGAAAAAUAGACUAUAUUUUUUGUUACAGUCGGCGCGUACGACUGUUCCAUGUGUAGUGCGAAUUUCAUGACGAGAUGCGGUAUGUCGAAACACAUGAAAAAGGCCCACGGCUGUUCUGUCAAAGUUUAUUUUUCGUCCUUUUUCUGUCUUUUUUUGAAAAAUUUAUCUUUCAUUCUUGUUCCUUAUUUUCUCACGUGAGUUCAGGAGGUACAGUUCUUUCAAAAUCUUGCUGGAGAUCUGUGGAAAAAUAAUUUUAGAAAAUUUAUGGUUGGGGUUGUUUCCGAACAGAGCUCGCUCCACGAAAAUUUUAUUUUAGAAUUAUUUUCAAAUGAGUCUAUUUUUUCACUUAAUCAAGGGUUCUUGAAUUUUUUUAUGAAUGUUACCAAAUUUUUGAAAGGCAAAGUCGGAAGGACCCUUCAGGGGCCCCUUGGAACGCCCAUUAUGGUUGCAAAGGUUUCCAUAAAUUGUUCCAAAACGGUUUCCCUUUUACAGCCUUUUUUCUUCCUUUCAUCGGCCUUUAUGCACCCUUUUUGAACCCUUUUGUGAAGCACCAAAUUUUUCAAAUUGAGAAUAAUAUUUACCAGAGGCUGUGUAUGAACCAAAAUGUGCUACAGGGAUAAAAUCGGUAAUUUUUUAUGGCCGAGACUUUCAGCUCCUUUUUCACCCUUUUUGAGCCCACCAAGAAAGAAAGGCUCAAUAAAGGCCGCAAAACGGAACCCUUUUAGCGGCCAUUUUGCACCCGUUUUCCGCACUUCCGACUUUGGCAGCCUCUAAAAAUUUCCGUUGAGAAGUAGAAUAAUAAUUUUUUGAAUCAAUUUCCAAGAAGUAGAAAAAUUGUUGAGUCAAAUUUUUAAAAGGGAAUUUCGUUUUUAGAUGAAUUUCAUAACAAAUUUACGCUGAAACGCCUUCAAUUCGUAGAAAAAUUCACAUUUUCCAGAGCUUGUUCGGGGCAAAAUCCGGACCGAUUUGCUCGGACUGCGGAGAAUUCCUCCGCUCUCAUCUGGAGCUCUCUGAGCACAUGAAUCUGGCUCAUGGUGGUGCUUUUCGCGUCGUUGAGCGCGAUUUCGAAACGGUUUCUGAGUCGGAGGUACAGGCGGAAUUUUAAAAAAGAAAGUUAUAAUUUUUCCUCUCAUCGGCUGGAUCCCACCCCAACCUUUUAAGCGCAAAAAAAAAUUGAAGAUUUUUAUUUUGAGCGAAAAAUCUCUGAAAAUUGGCUGGAAUCAUUUUUUCGGUUCACGUCCUGAAGGUUUAAACCUGAAAAAAUUCCUGAUUUUUAAUAGAAAGUCAAAGAAACUAUCAAAAUUUGUUGAAAUGGUUCAUUUUGAAGCUUCUUGCCCUUAAUUGAAAAAUCAGGAUAUUUUUGUAUUAUGAGAUUUUUUUGUCAAACGACCUAAGACACCUUCGAAAAAAGCCAUGAAAGAAAUUAGAAAAAAAAAAUGAAUUUGAACUAUUAACCUUACAAGGAGCUGAAUUUGAUUUUUAAUUUUUUUGAGAAAAAAAGGUCAAAAAAAAAGUUGCAGAAAACUAUUCAAACAUUUUUCAAACGCGUCGUUUUGAGGCUUUUUGCCCUUACUUUUCGAAAAGUGGGAAGUUUUGCAGGUUGAUACUCCCAAAACAAUCCGAGAUUUUAGUGUAAACCCAUUUUUAAUUUCAGGAUUGGCUUGAAAAAAAGUGUAUGGAAACGGACUCAAAGUUCUACAAAACCACCGUCAAUUUGGAGAGCGAUCACAAGAUCGUCUACAGGAAGUUCACAAACUAUUAAAAAAAGUUUAAAAUGAACAGGAAUUUUUUAAAGAUGCUGUUUGGUCGGGAGAUACGCGAAUAAGCCGAGAAGGAACAAUAGGCCGAAAGCGUGCGACAGCUGCACGGCUUACGUUAAGGUAAAAUGAGAAAAUCACUUAGAAAAAUGCUUUAAAAAAAUCUAUUGGGAAAACCCUUCCCUAGUGUGAAAAAUUAUUUAAACCCUGGGAAAAUUUUUAAUGGCUACUAUAGUAGCUCGCCAAGGACUCUGAAAUCUACUGAAUCCAGCUGUAUAGUGGCCACUAUCUUUCGUUUUAGUGGCCACUUCAGUAGUUUUUUAUCCAGUAUUUCUUUCAUCCAGUAAAUCUGAUAAUUUUGAAACAAACAGAUUGGACCAGUUAUGUUGAUCCAUUGACUCCUAAAGUGGCCACUAAAUGUAUUAUUGGUCUAGUAGUAGCACUUAGACCUCUAUAGUGGCCACUAAUUUUUAACCCCUUGAGUGGCCACUAAUUAUACUACUAUAGUGGCCACUCAAACGUCAAAACCCUAUGGUGGCCACUAAAAAUUUUCACAGUCAGCUAAAAUUUAUAAUUUGAAUAAAAACUCGUUUGAAAGAUUAUUUCUUAUCCCUUUAAUAAUGGAAGGGGGAACAGGAUGAAAAGGAGAUUCUGUGAAACUUUUGACAUCUUUUCAGCAACUCAAAAAGAAGCUUCAGAUCCUUUUGUUUUCCUUUUGGACUUUGUCAGCAGUGAUUAUAAAGAAUAAUAUGUGCCAAUUUAACUUAAACUGCUUUUUUAUAAUAAAAACUUCUCGAAAAAAAGAUUCAGAAGAAGAAAAACUCGUUGACUCGAGCCUUAUUAGCGCAAAAACAAAAUCCGGACGUGUCGGAGCACUUCUAGUGACCUUUUUAGCGGCGUCAGAGCUCUUGAAUGAUCCCUAGAAUUGCUCAGAAACGACCGGUUUCUGUCACGAAUGUCCGAGAAUCCCAAUUUAGCCUUAGGGCGCUUUCAACUGAAAAUAAAUACUCAAAAAUCUUACCUAAUGUCUUUUUAACAAUAUUGACGCUUUUCAAAUAAUUUGAAAGCGGGAUUUUUUUUUUAAAUCAAGUCCGUUUUUGUCCAUUUAUAACACAAAUCUCAACACUCGUGUUGAAAGUGAUACGAAAUUCGAAACUCUCCAAAAUUCAGUUAUCUUUUCUGUCGGCUAUUUUGGAUUUCGCUUCUUUGAACAUGACAUGAAAGAAUAAAAUUCUUACUUUUUCCCAGAUGAAAAUCUUCAAUUCGGGUUCCGUACACCUCGAGGCGUGUUUCGACCAUUCUUCCCACAGAUUGGGCCUGAGUGAAGACACCGCAGAACUCCUGGAAGAAAUCCAAACCGCCGGAGUCCCCACCGUAGUCGACAUCAACGUGGGAUCCGAUCCCGAUUGGGAAAAGAAGGAGCAAGAGAUGGUGGAAAAUCGAGAGAAACAGACGGGAAAAGAAGAAGAUGAAGAAGAGACGGAGUGGUUCCAGAAGGAUCCAGAAGUGAUCGAGAUUGAUGAUUCGGGAGAGGAAGAAGAGAAGUUAUUGCGUUCCGAGGAGCCGGAAGUGAUCGUGUAAGGGUUUUUCCACAAAAUAGAGCUUGAAAAAUAAAUUUAUCUGGUUAAAAAAUAUUUUGGGGAUCUUGAAGGUGUAAAAAACCUGAAAUAGUACUGAAAAUAGUGAUUUUUUUACAAAAAAAUAAGCUUUAAUUUUUGAUUUUCGAGGCGUUCUUUUUGAUAAAAUUUGGAAAAAAAGGCUGGAAAUUUUUCAAAAUUACUUUUUUUACAAAGGUUUAUAUUGGAUCAAAUUGUCAAAAUUCUCACUUAACUUAAAAAUAAACCCCGUUUUUCAUUCCAAUUGAUAUUCUAUACAGAAAUUAAUUUUUUAGGCUUUUUCCGGUUUUUCAAGAUUACAAGUAAAAUAGACCUUUUUUCGAAAUAGUUCUAUUUUUUUUUGUUCCAGACUGGAUAGCGAUUCCAGUGAUAGUGAGCCAGACAAGCUGGGACCCGCCAAUUUGGAGUUAGUCCCCAAAAUCAAUAAAUUAUUUUUGAAUCGAUUUCAGACACGACUAUUGUUGUUCGAAAGCGUCUCCGAAACUCGAAACAUAUGGCCUAUCAGGCGCGAAAGUUCCCACAGUUUGAGAAUCCACACGGUUGGAAUCAGAACAACGAGGUUGGUUUUUGAGAGAGCUGCUGAGGGCUCGCCCGUUUGGAAUAAACUCCGGGAAGACCGGAGAAAGAGGGAAAAUUAGAAAAUGAUGGAAAAUAAACCGGUGAAAAAAUUUAAAAAAAAAAUAAUAAUAACUCUUCCGACAAUGGAACCACUUUGGUAGAAAAUGAAUGAAAAUUCAGGGUCGAUUUGGCUGGGGACUCCUAUCACCAGAUCAGAUCUUUGGGUAUGCAUUUAGUAGACAUGUUCUCCAAGAAAAAUCUAACUUUCUAUGACUUUUUGCCUCAACUUCCUGAUUUUCGUAUUCAGCCAUGAAGCAAGCAAAAAAUUUUUCUCACAAAAAUUUUAAAAGACGUUUGAAGCUUAUAUUUUAAAAAAUGUCCAUUUUUUCCGAUUUAUUCGGUCUAGGACGUUUUAAGGUGCUUCUAGAACUUUUUAUUCGAUUCUUGACUUAAAUCCGUUUUAUUUUUCUCUUGUAAAACAUCGUUUUUUUAUUUCUUUUUUUCUGCCCUCGUUUUCUAGAAACCUUUCAGGUUUCCAAAUUUAAUGUCCGCUCGUCAGUUGCUUGCACGGAAGACGAUCAUGAAAAGAACUCGGAAUACCGCCAAUGGAUCGAGAAAUUGAGAGUUUGUCCGGUGGACGGAUGCACCAAUCGUUGUACUCUUUUCCGUAUUCUCCCUUCUAAAAAGGGCAUUUCGGUGCGUUUUAGAGUUUUUUUCGAAGAAAUAAUAGUGGAAAAAAACGGAUUUUUUUACUUCUACCUGCGAAAAAUCACUCAAAAAAAAUAGUUUUUUUCCUAUUUUUUUCAAAUCAAUUUUUAGCUUUAUCGUCUAAAAUUCACUCAAGCAGGGGCCAUCAAACUCGAAUAUACAACAAAGAACUCAAAAAAACUCAAAAAAAGAAACUCGAAUUUUUCCAGAUUAUCCGGAAAUGCACCCGGUUCCCACUGCACCAUCUGGAAAAAGCUAUUGAAAAAUUUUUUUCUAUUGAUGAUGCUGUUGUUUUUUUCGAAUAUAAAGUUUUUUUAAUUUUUUUAAAAAAAUUUUUUUAAUUCGUGGUUUACCAUUGAAAAAGUUCAACUCCCACAUAUUUCUCACAGUCUGUCGUAAAGAAGAGUUUUGACCGCAGUACGACGCCACGGUGCAUGUAAAAUCUUCGUGUGGAUUUACGCAGGUGGGAAUUUUUUUUUCUUUUUUCUUGGUUUCCUUUUGGUUUUUGUGCUACUGUAAGAUGAUAAAUGUACUUUUUUUCUUUUUUUGUUAAGAACAUUUUUUUAGAGUUCUAAAUGGUGCUAAUUAAAGAUGUUCAUUAUGUUAUUUUAGGCUUGUUUCUCCUAACUGUAAGUUUAGACGGUUUUUUAACAAUUUUCCCACUUUUUUUACUGUUUUUAAAAAGGUUGUUGAUUGUAUUUCUGAUAGAUACUGUUAAAAUAUAACUCGUGAGCUUAGUUUUUUUAAGAAAGUAAGGCGAACAAUUUUUUUAAAAUCAGUUAUGAUAAAAAAAUUUGACUUUCGAACUUGCAUUUUAAUGACUCACCAGUUACAACUAAACUUUGAAAAUUUCUAUUUUAAUUUUUUUCAUGAUUCGCUAAGUUUAUCGAAGAUUAUGUCUUAUUUUUAAAAAAUAUACUAUUUUCUUCAAAUUUCAAAAAGUUGCAUUUUGCGACCCUCUAAAAUUUGACCCACUUUUUCAUGUUCAAGUGGCGUCAUUUUGAACGCGAAACUCGGUGUUUUGCUUUUUCGAUUCCAUCGAUUUCCAACCCAUUAUAUUUUAUGUUUUGACCAAGGACGCCCUAUGUUUAUCUUUUUCUGCUCCGGAACGCGAUAAUCGACCGUUUUGGCUUGCUUUUUUCCGGGUUUCGGGUCCUUUUUACGUUUUUUUUGGUUUUGAGAGAUUUCAGAGUGAACUCGUUUCUUUUCGAUGAUACAUUGGAAAUUUUCUCGGGCUUUUUGAAGCUUACAAGAUUAAUUGACAAGCUUUUCUCGGCCAUUUUCCGCCUUUUUCGAAGAUUCGAGUACUACUUUGGACUUCCAAAUUUAUAUUUGAUGCUUAAUUAUCGGGUUUUUCAGUUUUGAGCUUUAUUUCGAAUAAUUGAUUCAUAGUAAGAUUCUAAAUUUUAUACUUUGAAUCGAGGGAUAAGAUUUAUUUAAAUUAUGAAGCGGUAUUUUUGAUUUGAAGUCCUAAAAACGACACUUUCGAUUUUUUUUUUUUGAAGCUUUCAAAGGUAUUUGAGAGGCUAUUUUUCGUCCUUUUUGAAGUUUUUGGGCUUGCUCGUAAAAAUUUAAGAAUAUUUUUGCAAGUUUUGUUUUUUUCUCGUUUCAAAAUUAAAAAAAUUGAAUAUGGAAUAUGGCAAAAUGAAAAAAAUCCCGUAAAAUUUGCUUUUUCCAUUUUAUUUUUUUAGGUUAUUUAUGAAUCUUAUUUUUAUAAAGUAAUUCCAUUCCAAUCACAAUUUUUUUGAUUGAUAAAUUAUUCAAGAUCGUUAUAACCAACUUUUUCUGUUUCAAAGCACACAUUUCAAAAAUAAUUCAGGGCUAUUAUUCAUUGUACAAACAAUUCACAUAAUUCACAAAAAAAUAGAAAGUUAAUUUUUUUAUUUAAAUCCAGUUAUGACAAUAAAAAAACCUCGCCUGGAAGAUUCUUUCGAAAAAAAUCUACUUUUUUUCUUUUUCGACUGAUUAUUUGAGGCCAUUUGAUGUGAAAAGCUGUAAAAUGAUCUUCGGAAAAAAUAAUAAUAAUAAAUUGCGUAAAAAAAUUUGGCCAUUUCCGAAUAUUCUUCAUUUUUUUGGUCUCUCCUUCAUUUUAUUGCUUUUUAUUCGAUUUUUUUCGCAUCCAAGUUUUUGUACUUCAUGAUUUUUAAUGAUAAUUUUCAAAGAGGUUCAGGCAAAAUGUCAAAUUUUCAUGAGAGUUGUUUAAAAAAUAGAUAUUUAGGCCUUUUUUUCUAAAGUUAAUAUAUUUGCUUCUAGGAAAAAAAUCAAGGAAAAAAAUUUAUGUUUUUUUUUUUUAAAUCAUUAUAACAGACUUAACUGUUCCAAACAUCAAAUUUUACAAAAAUUCAGACCCACCAGUUAUUGGAAAAUCAUUGAAUUCAUUUUUCGUUUAAUUUUGGUCCUUUUCAAGCUUUUUUCCGUUCAUCUUUGUUAUUCCGCGAAAUUCAAAAUAGUCGUCAGAGAGAAAAAGAUGAUUUAAUUUCGGAGAGUCAGAGAUAAUUUUGAAUUUCGCGGAAGUUACGUUGGACACGAUUUAAUAUGCAGUUGCGCCCGAAAAAAUACAAAAAAAAUUUUCUUGACAAUAUUUUUGAAACUUUCUCAAUUUUUAAUAACUAAUAUUUGUCACACACGAGAAUUUGAGCUUCCAGAAAAAAACCAGCUUCUGAAAGUUUCGAAAAAAUCGAGAAAAUCCUUUUUUCCUAUCUUUUCUGACGUUUUUGUAGCCACUUUUUUCCAAGAAAAGACCGUAAAAUAUUCAGAAUCGUCUUGACGACGAUGGGCGCCGUCGAAGAUGUCGACGACGCCAAAUGUCUUCUUCUUCCGGCCGCUCAAACUUCGGAUAAAUGUUUGUUUUCUUCUAUUUUUAGAAUUUUCAACGAUUUCUGAUUUUUAUCUGGUUUUUUGUGCUCAAAAAUAGAAAAAAAAAUCGAGUAGAAGUUCGAAAUUUAUAAAAAAAAUUGAGAAUAUACCUUUUCUGUUUCAAAUCGAGCUUUAAGAAUCUCAACGUGAAAGUAAAAUGCUCGAACAACCUUUUUUAUUUAGGAAUUUCAUAAUUUUUGGCUUAUUAUUUUUUCUGAAGUAAACUCCAAAAAAAUUUUUCAAUACAAAGCUUGACAUUUUUUUAUUUUUCAUAUCUAUUUGACUAUGGCUAGUUUUUAUUUGAUCAGACUCUUCUCAAACAGAACAUUUUGAUCGAAAUUUGUUUUUUCAGUGUUUUUCCUUGUUCACUGUUUCAUUUUUUCUUAUUUCAAACUUUGUUAAUCUUUUGUUAAUCAAUCUUAAAUUCUCGUACUGAAGCUGAAAUUGACUUAAAAUUGAGGCAAAAACGAAUAAUAGCCGCGUCGCUUCAGCCGAGUCGCGUUUAAAAACGACGCGGCUGUGUGACUCGGCUAAAGAAGUAUAACUGACUUCGAUGCUCGUAAUAAAGCUUAACUAGACUUAAUUUCGAGAUGAAAAAAUCCGAAUUUCAUAGCCGUCGCUUCAGCCGAGUCACAUCUAGGCUGUGUGACUCGGCUAAAAGAAAAACACUGACUAUUUCUCGUAUUGAAGCUGAACUUGACUUGAAGUCGAGUUAGGAAAGGAAAAAACAGCCGCGUCGCUUUAGCCGAGUCGCACCUUGGAACGACGCGGCUGUGCGACUCGGCUGAAGAAGUACCACUGACUUGAAUGCUCGUAGCUUAAUUAGACCCAAAUUUGAGAUGAAAAUAUUAAAAAUUUCAUAGCCGUGUCGCUUUAGCCGAGUCGCAUCUAGGAACGACGCGGCUGUGUAACUCGGCUAAAGAAGUAUAACUGAAUUAGUGCUCGAAAUGAAGCUUAAGUAGACUUAAUUUCGAGAUCCAAAUUUCAUAGUCGCGUCGCUUCAGCCGAGUCACAUCUAGCCUGUGUGACUCGGCUAAAAGAAAAUCACUGACUAUUUCUCGUAUUAAAGCUGAACUUGACUUGAAGUCGAGUUAGAGAAGGGAAAAAUAGCCGCGUCGCUUCAGCCGAGUCACACUUCAUCCCAUUUUUUUUACCUGCAGCGGACCUUCCGACGAUGGCGUAUCCACACCAACCGCGCUCGUCGACCCUCUUCAAGGCCUACGUCAUCGCCUCGAUGACGUGUCUCUGGACCGCCUACACCCUGACGGUCCGGUACACCAGAAGUACGGUGCCGCCGGAUAAGGUUAUUAUUUAUUUCCAGAGGAAGUGCAAAAGGUGAUGCUAUAAGAAUGAAAAUUUUUAAGAAGGUACUUUCGGAUGUAUUGUUUCAGAAUUGAGCUGUAAGGAGUCGCGAAUUUUUCGCUCUAGUUGAGCUUUGGUUCUUUAAAUUUUGGAAUCUACUUCAAAAUGGAGGUUUUUGUGUAUUUUCAUCUUCAAAGAUCUGAAUCCAUCGAGAAAGUCCGAAUUUUGUGUUCUAAACCGUUUAUGGUACUUAGGAACGUCAGAGUGGACCCUACAGGGGCAACCUUCAAGAAGCUCCCCUCUAGGGACAACUAAAUCUCGCUAUAGGGUCAUUAAAUAUUUUUGACUAGCUAAAAAUGGCCCCUAUAGGGGUCUCUGCCACAUAUUAGACUUUCAACCUAAUUUCUUGACUAAGUUCGCUCCAUCGCUCCUUCUUUUUUUGUUACUUUGACCUCGGUAAUCGGACGCGCCCCGGUCCUUUUCAAGCAAUCGUAGUGAUCACUGUAGGGGCCACAGCAUUCUAAAGUCUAACUUAAAGACCCCUAUAUGGACCACUCAAGCUUUAGGAGCUUAUGAUUCACACCCAGAAGCUCUAUGAAGUUCAUCUGAAUUUUACCACUCUAGGGACCACUAUUUUUUCGUUUUUAGAGGCUUUUUUUCCCCUAACCAUUUUAGGGGCCACUUUGGCGUUCCUAAGCACCUCAAAGUUAGGAAUUUACCAUUUCAAGGAGGAAAGAAGGUCUUGGCGUCUUUUAUUUUUCACAACACUUCUAAAAAGCAAAAUAAGCACUAUUUUUCGAUCGAUUUUAUCUAUACGCUCAACAGUAGCUUUUACAAAGCUUUAUCAAAAAUUGGGAGGCUUAUAUAUUUUUUAGGUUAUCUUAUGGGGUCCCACUAUAUUUUGUGCUGUAAUUGUGUGGUUCAAAACUAUUGAUUCAUUUUUUAUAGCAUUUUCGAAGGUUAAAAGACUUGUACUUCAAACCUUUUGCGAUUUUUUUUUUGUGAAUCGGAGAUUUUUCACAGUGUUGUCUAACAUUGGUUGAUUGGUGCAUUUCUUAUUUCAAAAGACAAUUUUUUAAUUAAUUAGUUAUCCAAAUUCCAGAUGUACUCGGCGACGACAGUCGUCCUGAGCGCAGAGGCGGUCAAGCUCGUCAUCACUUUUCUCAUGCUUUUCCGCGAUUUGAAGGGCGAUUUCGGAGAUUUUCAGGCGGUUAGUUAUACUCUCUGGAUUUUUUUUAGUUGUAGGUGUCUUUUCAGUAGUAAUAGGAAACUAUUUUUAAGACUUUUAUGGAGCUAGAAAAAUUUAAAAAAAAACUAGAACCCUCAGGGGCUCACUCUAAACAACUAAGUAAGUUAUUAAAUUUUUGGACAUCCCCAAUGAGAGAAUGAACAUAUUUAAACUAGAAAAACGACAAAUUUUUUUUAAAAACUCUGAUAGUUUAUUUUUCUUUAGCCGAAAAGUCAACUGGGACUUUUUGAAAACUAUUUUACAAAGAAACUUAAGAAAAACUCGUGAAAAGUAACAUUACCUCCCUUCGAUUCGAGUUACCAAAGUUCGAGCAGGCUUGUUCGUCAGGCUAGGCGGGCUGACCCGAGCUUCGGUCCCGAUUUCCGUGAAGAGGCCUGCGCGAACUUGGGCCAAGCCAAGCUUUAAAAAAAUUAUCAUCCCAACUCAAAACGUCUUAGAAAAGCUUGACAUAUGGCUCGAAGAAAAUUUUGAAUUUUUUGAGCUGGGCCGGCUGUUUUUGCUUGAGACCUUCCUGAAGCUUGAGCUUAGAAAUUGGGGCCGACGAGCUGACGGGGUGGCCCUCGCACAAUUUUGCUACUAAAGUAAUUAAAAAAUUGUAUUCCCCUUGGAAGUUUUCAUAACUGAUACAAUGUUCAGAAAUAUAUAAAUAAAAUUCUUUAAAGACCCUCUCGAAGCAUUACUUCGGAGCUCCGAGAGAGUUGGCCAAGAUGAGCGUUCCCUCGAUCGCCUACGCCCUUCAAAACAACUUGGACUUUGUCGGCCUGUCGAAUUUGGAUGCCGGACUUUAUCAGGUUGGAUAAUAGCCCAAUAUAACUGACUAUAUCGAAGCGAUAUAGCAAAGGUUUCUUGCUGCGACCUCGUGUCGCUCCCUCUCGUGUAUUUGAGACUUCAAACAAAAUUUUUUUGCUUCAUUUUCGACUGUAGGAUGGGAUGAAUCAAAUUAAAAGGGAGCGAUAUAGCGCAAGACAAUUGCGAGGUCGCAGCAAGAGAAGUGCGAAAAACUCACUGGGAAAUAGUGUUUAAUAUUGAGCGUAAUACUAAAGACAGCUGUCUAGUCCUGCGCGAGAGAAAAGCGAUGUCGCUGGCGGUACAUUAACGACUUCGAAAAAGAACCGCUUUGUCACCUAGCCGAACUCGCAUUUCUCUCGCUUUCCGAGAAAAUGCAGGCCGGCUCGGCUACAAAGUAACCCUUUGCGAUGUCGUCAAUGUGCCGCCAAAUAACUGGGAUAUAGUUGAAAGAGUGAAGAAGGUAACCUGAGUAAUCAUUCCAGGUGACAACUCAGCUGAAAGUCGUCUCGACCGCCCUCUUCAUGAUGGCUUUCCUGGGCCGCAAGUUUUCCGGAACUCGCUGGGCAGCUAUCGUCUUGCUCAUGUUAGGAGUUGCUGCUGUUCAGGUAAAAAAUAACACCAGAAUUCAUCAAUAUUUAUUAGCAGAAAAAGAGUCGAGAAAAUGAUGAACAGAAUUACAAUUCACUCAAUUUUAGAGGAGAGGAGAAAAAUUAG